AUGGCCAGUCCAUACGAAGACCAAUACCAUGGGAUCUCUGGCAAUAACAACAGAUAUACAAUAGGUUCUCCCUGGAACCCACACGAUUCCUCACAGCCUCCCCCGAAUGGUCAAUAUCCUCCUGCCCAGAACAACCCAGGCAAUGGAAAUCCCAGUGAUCCCCAAUACGACAGCGAUACCAGAUAUUCUUCAGAUAGCCGCACUGGAAGGAAACGAUCUCAAGGCGCACCGGGAACAGGCGAGCGGAGCAGGUCCAGAACAAAUGGCAGCAAUGGUAAAUCAUCCAGCAGCGGCCUACGUACAUGCAAAAAGUGUGGGGAACCGCUUACUGGACAGUUUGUUCGCGCCCUCGGGGGCACAUUCCACCUCGACUGUUUCAAGUGUGCUGACUGUGGACAAAUUGUCGCUUCAAAAUUCUUCCCGGUUGAUUACGAGGAUGGCUCGGGUCAAUUUCCCUUGUGCGAAACAGACUAUUUUCGGCGUCUGGACCUCCUCUGCUUCGAAUGCGGAGGCGCUCUUCGAGGCUCUUAUAUCACAGCCUUAGAUCGGAAAUACCAUAUUGAACAUUUCACAUGCUCUAUAUGUCCGACCGUGUUUGGUGCCCAGGACAGCUACUACGAACAUGAUGGUAAAGUCUACUGUCACUUUCACUAUUCGACCCAAUUUGCACAGAGAUGCAAUGGCUGCCAGACCGCCAUCCUCAAACAGUUUGUCGAAAUAUUUCGAAAUGGACAAAAUCAACAUUGGCAUCCCGAAUGCUACAUGAUCCAUAAAUUCUGGAAUGUUCGUCUUGCUCAGAGUGGCCAGAUUCCAGAGAAACUAGAUAUCUCGGCCCCAGUGAGAGAAGAUCAGCGAGAGUCCAUCAAAGAGGACGAAGAGAAAAUGGAGGAGAAAGUCUACCGCAUAUGGAGUACCCUUUCUACAUUUGAAGAGUCUUCUGCCUCCUGUAUUUCCGACAUGCUACUCCACGUCAGUAAUGGAGUCUACGUCGACGGUGUUAUCGUGGCACGAAAAUUCAUCUGGCAUGUGGACAUUUUAUUUGGUGCAAUAGAUACUUUAGCAGCUCUAGUCAUCAGAGCGGGGCUCAAAGAACUUGCCUAUGGCCGCGAAGCGAAACUGCUCUGCAAGAAAGUCGUCGCCUUUUUCACAUUGCUUUCAAAGACCCAAGAAACUGGGGUACGAAAAUUGGGAGUUACCCAAGAAUUGUUGUCCUUGGUUACAGGUUUGGCUCAUUAUCUUAAACUCCUCAUACGAAUUGGCCUCCAAGGAGCGUUGAAGCUCGAGCGUGAACGUGGCUCUGCAGAGGGUCUUCACGCUUUCUUGGAUGAAGUGGCCGAUCUCGAGACCAUCAAAGAGCAGGAGAUGAAGUCACUAGAUCUCUCUGAAAGUGUUGCAGGAUUAGCCAGUCAAGAGUCAGACUGUUGUGCAUCAUGCCUAGAUCCUAUCGACGACGAGUGUGUGAUGUUUUAUGGCAGACGAUGGCACGCAAAACCCCCUCAUCUAUUAUGCAGUGUCUGUCAGAGAGAUCUGACACAUGAUCUAUCAAAUGCUUUGUACAGUGAAAAAGAGGAAAAAGUUUAUUGUGUUGAACAUGGAAGACGGACACAGGAUGCAUUUUCGGGAUUCUCGCAUGUCACAAAAUUGCAGCAAUAUGUUUUCUUGUUACGCGUUGCAUUGGCUCGGUUAUUGGAAGUUCUCAAAUCCGGAGGUACAUUGCCACAUACCUCCGAUGACCCUAAUCUUACUCCCUACAACACCACUGAAGGUCACAGGGUAUCUCCAACUGGUGAGCAGUUGGGCCAAUCCAAGAUGGGGUCAAGAUCACGCUCCUUCGCAGGUUCCUCAAGUCAACAACAAGAGUCUUCACUGGAGCAGACUGUUGGGGAGAUGAAGCGCUUGAGGUCGACCAGAAACGAACGGACUUUGUCCACAACUUUUAGAAAGGCACGGGAAUCCAAGGUUCUCUAUGGACCAUCUGGUAUCCUCUCCGAAUCAGCCGAAGGCCCUGACGCAAGGAAUCGGGGCGGCUUCCAAAUUGUAGAGGAGCGGGACCUCGAUGGUAGACUAAGGACCGAGUUGACCUUUGGUAAUCAAGACGGACUAACUCUUGAUGACAUACCCAGGAUUGUUGCCGCUGAACAAGCCAAAGAACAAAGACCCAAUGCCUUCCGCCAUGCAGGAACGAACCUUAUUGGUCACCGAGGAAAUGAGCCUAGGCUGGUCAAUGGACAUCAACGCGCAACCUCUGGUGGAAACGAUCUUCUGGCAGGGGAACCUAGUCCUCUACGGACUAAACGUUACUUCUCCGAGUUGUCUGCCCUGGAGUAUUUCAUUGUGCGACAUGUCGCGGUCCUUUCUAUGCAGCCUUUGCUGGAAGGAGAUUACACCUUGGAAGACCUGCUUGGUCUGAUUGAAACUCGAAAGCAGACAUUCUGGGGCAAGGUAAGUCGUGCUCUGCGAAAUGACAACAAGACGAAGAAAAAGGGCAUCUUCGGCAUUCCACUGGAAAUUCUCGUGGAACGAGAGGGCGCAGAGUCCACAAAUGGAGUUGGUCCUGGUGCGCUACGAGUUCCUGCUAUCGUGGACGAUUGUAUCUCAGCGAUGAAACAAAUGGACAUGUCUGUCGAGGGAGUGUUCCGCAAAAAUGGCAACAUCAAACGACUCAAGGAGGCAGCCGAGUUGAUCGACAAUAACCAAACCCCCGAUCUCAGCCGUGACAACCCUGUUCAGGUUGCAGCUCUGCUGAAACGAUUCUUGAGAGCAAUGCCAGAGCCUCUCAUGACAUACAAAUUGCAAAAGCUUUUCAUCACUUCGCAGAAGAUUGAGGAUGAGGAACGACGCCGGAGGGUCAUACAUCUUACAUGCUGCCUGAUGCCCAAGAGCCACCGUGACACCAUGGAGGUACUUUUCUCUUUUCUUAAGUGGACCGCUUCGUUCUCGCAAGUCGAUGAAGAGUCUGGCAGCAAGAUGGACAUCCACAACUUAGCCACUGUGAUGGCACCUAAUCUUCUCUACGCAAAAGAAAAACCCGCGACCGGGAAACAACCUAUAGUUCCACAGGUCGAUGACAGUUUCCUCGCCAUAGAGGCUGUGAACACUUUGAUUGAGUACAACGAUUACUUCUGUCAGGUACCCGAAGACCUGCAAUCAAUAUUGACCGAUACUGGCCUCCACAAUGGCCCAGCAGAGCUUACCACGAAAGAAAUCUUAUCGAGAUAUGGUCACAUCGCCAAGGGUCAGGUCCAGAGACAGACAGUUCAAGGCCCCGAUGCACCCGUCCAUAGUCCAAGUUCAGCUUCGAAUACAAUGGGUGGUCCAGUGGCAACCCGCGUUGACGUCGACCCAUAUCAGCAAACAGCUUGGCAAAAGCAAAGUUCUGUCAGGCCUGUACAAAACAUACAAUCAGGAUUAUCUGCACCGCAGAACGACUUCAAUUUUAGCGCACCAAACAGUCCAUACGCUCGGAAUCGAGCUGGUAGCUCCGGUAGCGGCGGCAGUUCGGGAGCAACACCAGGUGGACGACACAGUUAUCAACAGAAACCCGGACAGAUGAAUGCUGGCUGA